UCGGUACCGAUAUACAUGCCGGUAUCAGGUAUCGAUUAUCGAUUAUCGGUUAUCGAUCCCCGCCACCGAUCCCACCCGUUCCGGACCGGAAGUGCGUCACCGGCACGUCCGGCGCGGCGCUCCAAGAUGGCGGCGCUGGCUCUGAGGGGUUUGGGGCGGCGCUGCCUCCUGGCCCGGCUGGGACCCAGCCCCGGCCUGCACCAGGCUGUCCCCAUGGCCACCACGGCGCGGGAGGAGAUGAGGAGGUUCUGGGAGAGGAACGAGCGCUCGGGGCGGCCGCUGUCCCCCCACGUCAGCAUCUACAAGUGGUCGCUGCCCAUGGCCAUGUCCAUCAGCCACCGCGGCACCGGCGUCGCCCUCAGCCUCGGCGUGUCGCUGUUCUCGGUGGCCGCGCUGCUGCUCCCGGAGUCCUUCCCCCAUUACCUGGCGCAGGUGCGGGCGCUGGGCCUGGGCCCCGCCCUGCUCUGCUCGGCCAAGUUCCUGCUGGCGCUGCCCUUCUGCUACCACGGCUGGAACGGCGUGCGCCACCUGGCCUGGGACCUGGGCAAGGGGCUGCGGCUGCCGCAGGUGACCCAGUCGGGGCUGCUGGUGCUGGCCCUGACCCUGCUCUCCUCCGCCGGCCUGGCCGCGCUGUGACAGCCCGGCAUCCCGCCCCGCCCCGGGGGAGGUGACGGUCCCCAUCCCGUCCCCAAAAUCCCGGGAAUGCCGGGAAUCCCG